AAUUAAUAUGAAUCAUUUACCAGAUACUGCCGCUGUAAUCAAUGCAGCUAGUAAUUAUACUCCAUUGCUAGCUGGUAUUGAUUCAACAUGGGUGUUGGUCACCUCAUUUAGUGCUUUAUUAACAAUAUUGGGAUUCGCUUUCAUAAGUUCAGGAGCUGUUAGAUAUAAAUCUGUUUAAUCAGCAAUUAUAACAGUUUUAUUAGGAGCAGUUAUUACGAUAUUAUUUUUCUGGCUUGUAAUAAAAAUAUUUUAUAUUUGAUUAGUUGGGUUAUGGAUUUGCUUUCGGAGAUGAUAAAGGAAAUAAAUUCAUCGGUAUUAAUAGAUUUGCAGGAACUGGUUAUUUAGCAAAUGCAACAAGAGAUGACUAUACAAAUUUAAGUAAUCUAAUAUAUUAAUAAAAAAUAGUUUUCUAAAGCAUUGGAGCAAUCAUAGUUUCAUCUCUAUUUGGAUUAGGAACAUUAGAAAGAUCUAGAUUUUUUUCAGUCAGUGUUUGUUUAGCUGUUAUAUCAGGGUUUUUAUAUCCAACUUUAUUACAUUGGAUUUAACCGAAUGGAUGGUUAAAUAAAUUUGGAUUUAUUGAUUUUGCUGGAUCAAGUUAUAUUCACUUAUUUGGAGGAGUGACUGCAUUGGUUGUUUCAAUUUUCUUAAAAGAAAGAAGAGAUUAAUCAGGAAAUGUUCAUCCAGGUAUAUUUCCUCAUCAUUCUCCAAUCAACAUUGGUUAUGGUUCUAUUAUCUUAACUAUAGCCACACUUAUUUUCAUUAAUGGUUCAAAUAAAUAAGGAAAAAGCAAUAAAUAUGAAUAAGGAUUGAUAGCUGUUAAUACUUUAGUGGCAACGACAUUUUCAGCUUUAACAAGUUUUAUUGUUUAAUAUUUAAAAACACAUAAAACUAGUUUAAUUGCACUUGCAAGAGGAAGUGUAGCUGGAAUUGUUGCUAUUUCUGCUAUUGCUAAUGAUGUGAGAAUUUGGGAAUCAGCUCUUACUGGAAUCUUAGCAGGAUUAAUCUAUAUUAUAUUAAUUCUUAUCAUUAAAAGAUCUCAUGUUGAUGAUCCUGCUUAUACUAUAGCAACACAUCUAGUAAUUUUUACAUAUAUAUAACAUCUAGGGACCAGGAUUAUUGGGUACUCUUCUAGUUGGAGUAUUAACUAUUAGCAAAGGAUUUGUAACUGGAAAUGGAUUUAAAUAAUUUGGAUUAUAACUUGUAGGAGCGUUAGCUGUGAUUGGCUGGGGAUUGUUAAUUGCUUUGUUUGUUAUUCCAUUGAAAGGAACUGGAGUCUUUAAAAUCAAUCCCUUAUAAGAAUCCUAAGGAAUUGAUACCAGUUAUGGUAUUUAAUUAUUUAUUAUUUCAUUUUAGCUGGAGGAGAAGCUAUUCAAUUUAUUGAUGAAUAACCAGAACCAGCUCUUUUAAGUAGUACUCCAAAAAAGGGUAUCUUCCAAUGA